AUGCCCCGUGGACACAAAAGCAAGCUUCGUGCUCGAGCAAAACGCGACCAGGCCCGAGGCCAUCGCCAAGCUGUCCAGGAUGCUCAGGAAACUGCAGCAAAGGAAGAUUCUCCUUCUUGCUCCUCUCCCAUUGCUGCGGGAGAUGCUGCUGCGGGAGAUGCUGCUGGCCUUCCCCAGGAGUCUCCAGGAGUACCACCCACCAGCACUGGUGCUGCUGCUUCUGCUCCUGCUUCUGUUUCAAGCAAAAGAUCAGACAAGGGUCCCAAGAAAAGAGGACAAGCAAAGGAAGCGGCUGCUUCCUCCAAUGUCCGACCCUAUGGUGCGAUCUUAACUAAAGAUAUUCUGGUGAAGAAGGCAGAUGUAGUGAUGAAGUACUUGAUGUACAAAUAUAAAAUGAAGGAGCCCAUUCUGAAAUGGGAAAUGCUGAAGAUUAUCCACAAAAGGUUCAGAGAACAAUUCCCUGAGAUCAUCCAGAUAGCCUCUGGGCGCAUGGAGCUGAUCUUUGGCCUGGAGUUGAAGGAACUCAACCCAGGUAGUGGUUCCUACAGUCUUACAACCGUGUUGGAUCUCCCCACUGAUAAGAGCCAGGCAAAUGACUUUCCCAGAACGGGGCUUAUAAUGUCUCUCCUUGGCAUCAUCUUUUUGCAUGACUACUCUGCUCCUGAGAAAGAUGUCUGGGAAUUCCUGUCCAUGUUUGGGAUCACUGACAAGAAGAAGCAUUUCAUCUUUGGAGAUGUCAGGAAGCUCAUCACUAAAGAUCUGGUUCAGGAAAAGUAUGUGGAGUACAACCAGGUUCCUGGCAGUGAUCCUGCAUGCUAUCAAUUCCAGUGGGGUCCCAGAGCCUAUGCUGAAACCAGCAAGAUGAAAGUCCUGGAGUUUUUGGCCAAGGUCACUUGUUCUGAGGUUCGUGACUAUCCGUGUUGUUAUGCAGAGGCAUUGAAAGAUGAGAAAGAGAGAGCCCAAGCCAAAUCUGCAGCCAUGUCUGAAGCUAAGGCUCAAGCCCGUCCAAGAUCCAAGGCCAGCUCCAGCCUCUCCACAACCUAA